ACCAACAACAACAACAACAAACACUUAAAAAAUCAAAAAUUAGUAGUAAAAGGAUUUUUUUAUUAACUCUACUUAUUAUCAUCUGGUGCUUUGAUCUUUCUCACUCAAUGGAUUCAGGGGGAAGAAGUAGGGUACAUAGUAGUAGAAGGGUUCCUUCAAUGGGAGUAGAAGGGGAUGAAGAGUUUCAAGAAGAAGAUGUGUGGUCAGUUCUGAGAGAAGGAGAAACUUCAGGUCUUGAAAUGAAAAUACCCAAAAGUCAUUUCUCUUCCUCAUCUUCUUCUUCAUCUUCACCGUGGAAGAUUCAUAGAAGCAAGGACGUCUCAGGGGUGAAACAGUCAUCGGCACCUAUGAAUGUCCCUGAUUGGUCCAAGGUUUAUGGUGGUGACUCAAAGAGCAGCAAGAAGAGUAGUCAUUUGUGUUCUCAUGGUGACGACGAAGAUGAUGAUGGUUGCAUGGUUCCUCCACAUGAAUGGGUUGCAAGAAAGCUAGCAAGAACACAGAUCUCUUCUUUCUCUAUGUGUGAAGGAGUUGGAAGAACACUUAAAGGAAGAGAUCUAAGCAAAGUGAGAAACGCUGUCUUGUCAAAAACUGGUUUCUUGGAGUAAGUAGGAUUAUAAUAUCUCAUCAUCAUCAUCAUCCAUGUGCAUGGAGGAGCAUGAAUCCCAUAACUCUUGUUUAACAUUAUCAUCAACAUGAAAAACUCAACUUUAUGGUAUCCACAUCAUCAUCAUUAUCAAUGUCAUUGUCGUCAUCAUCAUGUGGGGAUCACUAUACCAAGAGUCUUUUGUUUAAUU